UUCUUUGUCAUAUUUUCAUUACAGAGAGAAGAAGAGAAACAGGGGUUUUUUCCUCUACAUUCCCGAGGCUUCUAGGGUUUUCAAGUUAAAGCCCUAGUAGCCGUCGCAUCUUCCUUUCAAUUUCUUCUUUUCCUGCCCGGUAAUUUGAUUCUUCUUGUUCAUCAUACAUUGGAAUCGCCCUAGAUUUCGAAGACAUUUGUUGGAUUUCUGAUAAUCUCUGCAAACCAUGGUUUUUUGGAUAUUUGGGUAUGGUUCAUUGGUUUGGAACCCUGGAUUUCAUUAUGAUGAGAAGGUCAUAGGUUACAUCAAGGACUAUAGGCGAGUGUUUGAUCUUGCCUGUAUUGAUCAUAGAGGAACCCCUGAAAGACCUGCAAGAACCUGCACAUUGGAAUCAAUGGAAGGAACUGUUUGUUGGGGCGCAGCAUACUGUGUGCGAGGAACUCCCGAAGAGGAAAUCAAGGCCAUGGAGUAUCUUGAGCGCAGGGAAUGCGAAUAUGAUCAGAAGACAUAUGUGAACUUCUAUAAGGAAGGGGAUGACACAAAAGCUGCAAUUACUGGAGUGAUGGUUUUCACAUCGACACCUGACAAAGAAUCAAACAAGUAUUACUUGGGUCCUGCUCCAUUAGAGGAAAUGGCUUGGCAAAUUGCGACUGCAGAUGGUCCUUGUGGCAAUAACAGAGACUACAUCUUCUUAUUGGAGAAAGCUUUAUCCACCAUAGGUCAUGAAGAUGAGUUAGUGAUAGAACUGGCUAAAGAAGUGAGGAAGGUUCUGACUGUCAUGGAAGCGAGUUGUUCUUCAAUGGAGAAAAACAUCGACACGAAGAAGUUAACGGGUCCCACACACAUUCCUUUGAAGUCUAACCUACCGGAAACUACUAUCCAACAACUGCUGCCACCGCUUGUUGCGACGGAUUCAUGAUAAUGGAGAGGAAGAAUUAACAUGAAUAAUACUAGUAAUAAUAAAAAUAAGUACAUUUGUGGCUGGGGUGGCCUUUCUUUGCUAAUUACUACUUUCCUUUUGAUGAAUUAGACUUGAAGAGAUCUUUGCGAAAUGAGUUUGAAAGAUGGCCUCGCCUAUAA